AGAAGAAGAACAAGGAGCUUGCCAACAACCAAUGGUCCAGUAACCCGGAAGAAAAGCAAGCAGUCGCGACAUUUACGCGUACGUAGGAAAAAUGAGUGAACAGAGGUGUGAUUGUACUGCUUUGCCUUUUACGCCAGUGAACACUUGGCUCGUUCCAGCUCGUUAACAGCGAGAACAAGGAGCGGUGGAGCUGCCCGAGAAUCGGGAUGUCAUUCUGAGCAGCAGCGGUGAGCUCUUAUUGGCUGACUUUCGUCAGACGGACGUCGGGCGAUGCUAAACGGCGAGCUAAGUGCUAAAAAAUUACCCGUGUGUUGGGUUAUUUGACGGCAUCAGCGCAUCUGUGAUUCGCCCGUUCGCUGCUUCGCUGUCGACGUGUUUAUCAGAGAACUGGCUGUCAGGUGUGAAGCAGCACGGCAGCAGGUUUCCGGGACUCUGGCGGCUGGAGGACAGCCACGUCAGCUGGCCUCCGUAUCUCUGUCUUGUGAGCACUUGUGCGCUCGGUUGGUUUGGAUUUGACUAAUUAUUUUCCAGCUAAAAAUCAUCAGACUCUUCGUGCAACCAUGGCUCCGAUGGGCAUCCGGCUGUCACCGCUCGGCGUGGCGGUGUUCUGUCUCCUUGGAGUCGGUGUCAUCUACCACCUGUAUGCCGGGGUCAUCUCCAGCCGUCUGGCAGCUUUCAGGUCCCAGUCUCCCCUCUUAACACAACAGAGAAGGACGGUGGAUUUGAGGGACCUGCUGGCCGUCUCAGUGGAGGCAGCAGAACUUGGUGGCAAAGAGGUGAAGAAGGUGCGUGAAGAAAAUGCCCUGCAGGAAAAGUCAAAGGGCAAAACAAGAGAAGGAGCAAACGAUCCUCUCACAAUGGGCGACCUGCAGUCUCACAGAAAGAUGUAUUACCUGCUGAAGAACACAUUCCCUGAAGUCAGGGUAAACAGUGAAGAACAUGACAACGUGGUGGAUAAUUCGUUAACCUGGAGCCAGAAUAUUCCACUUGAAAUAAGGGAGAAGAUUAAGGGGGGAAAAGAAGUUCCUGUUGAGGGCAUCACCGUGUGGAUCGAUCCUCUGGAUGCGACACAGGAAUAUACAGAGAGCCUGGUGAAAUAUGUGACUACUAUGGUGUGUGUGGCUGUAGAUGGUAAACCUGUCAUUGGAGUCAUACACCAGCCAUUCACUGGGCUCACCGCUUGGGCGUUUGUAGGUUAUGGAUCAAAUAUGCAUCCCCGCUCAUCCUACAGCGGCAGCCCCAAGAAAGUGAUUGUGUCACGUUCUCACUCUGGACAAGUAAAAAGUUAUAUUCAUAGUGCUUUUGGAAACAGCACAAUUAUAGAAGCAGGUGGAGCAGGAUACAAAGUACUGUCACUGCUGGACACACCUGCAAGUGACACAAGCCCUGCGGACCAGGCGGACGUUUACAUCCACAUCACCAUUAUCAAGAAGUGGGACAUCUGUGCUGGUGCUGCACUGCUGAAAGCGCUGGGGGGCCAGAUGACAACUCUAAAGGGAGAGGACAUCGACUACAGUGGGGCUCCAGUAAAUGAAGGGGGACUGGUGGCCAGUGUAGGUAUGGAUCAUAAGGCUUUACUGGAGAGACUGCCAACUAACAGGGACCAUGACAAGCAUUGAAACGCACAAAACUCAGAGCCAUUGGUGGUUUGAUUAUGGCAGCGUGGCAGGCAGCAAGAGUGGGCUUGCAUGAAUUCAUCAUCACAGGAUACCAAACAUGAACCAUCCAGAUGGAUUGGAGUCGCUGUUACCAGCGUGGACAAAUGAGCAGGACUGUGGAACCACAACACUGGAAACUGCAGCAGCUGGCACAAUGGCUCUGAAUACACAAUCCUCUGAAAGCAUACUUUCUUGCAGCUUGGAGAACCGAUAUGUCUUCCUUUUGUCAGGAACUUGCACACAAAAACACACAGUGGACCGGACAACAAUGACCCUCCCCGAUUCACCUUCAGAGGACAACACAAUGACUGUGAUCUACUAAACUGAGGAGCACAACACUGAACACUGCAGCAAAAACCCAGAGUGACAUCUUUGGCUUUCAUCAUCUUCAUCACAAUAUUCCAGAGAAAACACGAGAGUAAGAAAAAAACACGUUACAGACGGGCACUGUACAGUACUCAGCAGGACUUCAUUUAGUAAUCCCCCUACUUAUUAUUAGUACAACAGCUGUAGUAGUAAUAUUAUUUGAGACUGGGCAGAUCCAUCUCCAUGGCCUAAACUGUCACUGAUGAUGUCAUCAUCAAACCCUCUGUUCACCAGCAUGAAUACCCCACAGUUCACUUCACAGUCUAAUAGUGUACGUUGCUAUUCUUGAGAUGCAGGUCUGUCAAAGUGUAGUCCAGGAUCUGUUGUAAUAUAUGCUGUAAAAUAUAUUCCGUGGGUCAGUCAGUACAUUUAUUUUACAGGUGCAGUCCAGAAUGUCUGAUACUGCACCUGUAAAAAUCAAAAAGCUAUUUCUGGUCUAAUCCUGAGGGACAGAUUCAUUAAUAGUGUGCUCCUAACCUGAUGGACCACCUUUGGGCUUGGACACUGUGGACUCUUCCACUGAAAGCUGCUUUUUAGUCUGAGAGUCGUGGCCUCGAGACCUUGAGAGCUGCAUGAACAGGUGAACAGACACUAAGGUUUGGUCUGUUUGACACAGAAUAUGUUUGCUCUCUGCUCAGGUUUCUGGUCCAUGGUGAACUCCAAAUGUCUAAGUGGUUAAGAUUGGCCUCCCAGGGAGUGACAUACAAAUGUAGAGGAUGCUGGGAGUGUGAUUAUGGCAGAAAAAACAAAUUUCAAUCAGGAUUUCUUUUUAAAUUUGUACUGCAAUGGAACCUUUUUGCCACAUAUUUAAAAAAGGAAAAGCAAACCUUUACUUUGUAGUCCUUGAGAUGUGUUAAAAAAAAGUUUCAUCACAAAGGAAUUAUAUGGUUAUAAGAGUAAAUGAGAGAAGUGUUACCAAGAAGUCUUUCCUUCUUUUGGCUGAUUAAAACUUUUAGGAUCUGUCAGUGAUUUUUGUCAGUGAUGGGGGCUGUCAGUAGGUGCAGGGACAGGGAUGAAAGAGUUAAAUGAUUAGAAGCCAAACUAACUUCACAUGUGAACUCUGAAGUUUUCGUGUUUGUGGAUUCAGUUUUAGAAUCCUGCAAGUACACGAGUCGGACAGCCUCCCCUCCACAGCAUUACAAAUACGAGCAGAGCAUCGAAGCUAAAGACUGCACAGCAGUGUACAAAUACAAGUCCCAUCAUGUAUGUACAGUCAUAUUCACAACUUUAAAGCAGAUCAUCACAAGAAGAACCAGCUGUGUUAAAGUGGUGUCAUGUUACCAACAACUAAAUGUAAGUUUUCUAAAAAUCUUUCAUAGGGAAAUGUGUUUAACAGAUGUGUAAGUAAAAUAACCUGAGACUCGUACACCCCCCCACACACACGUUUAACCGUAUUACCAUUUCUGCUACUGUGUAUUCUGCACACUUGACAAAUUAAGUGAUGGAAAAAAAUGCCUGAAAUGCUGGUACACGUUUUGUUGGAUACUCCACUGCACACUAACUAUUUGCAUGGUUUUGAAUUUUGAUUAACCUUUUGGGUCCUUUUAUUUCAUUCUACUGAAAAUGUCACAGGCUUGAUGAACCUCUGUUCCUGCUGACUGCUCUCAAGUCUGUCUGUACUGUCUGCAACAACUGGGCAAGUCUAGUUGGACUGACAGUUCCGUAGCCAGUGAAGGUGGACUGUUUCACUGUGAAACAGCGCUACACCGUGAAGAAAACGUCAGCAAAAUACAAACUCGUGUCAGUGUCUUGAGCUUGCAAGUGACCUGUUCCUGCAGUGUGUCUCAGCACCUUUUGUGUCGGUAACUUUGUUUGGAUUGAAGUUAAAUGUUGGAGUUGCUGCAGACUGAUGGUACUGCCUUUGAAAAGCUGUUUGCAUGUAAACAGGAUCAUGUGACUGGGGUGGUAACAACACAAAAAUGGAAAACUGCUCUCAGUCUCAAAGUUACAUGUAUUAGAGGUUGGGUUUUACUAGUUUUGCUAGUGCAUUUGAUCUGCACUAAACUACACUGUCAAUAUUAUUAUGGUAACAUUGGUUGGUAUGUUAAGGGUAAUUCUGCAUAGGCAGUUUAAUAAGAGCAUUAGAGUGACUUUAAAAGUAAAUGGGUACUGUGUGUGUGUGUGUGUGUGUGUGUGUGUGUGUGUGUGUGUGUGUGU